CCAAUAUGCUCCCACACUUCCUCCUGACUGGCCUGCUGGCUGUGGCCGUCAAUGCCAUGCCCAACAUCCCGUCUCACUCACUGUCCGUCUACCGCACCGUCGACCACAUCACCAAAUACAAGCCUUCGACUCUCUGCACCGGCCGUGCUCUCCCCACCAAGUCGAGAACGAAAGUCAAGACGGUGACCUCAACCAUCACAACCUGUUCGGCGCCAACGACUGUGACGACGACGGUCACGCCAGAUGCUGUGACGGUCACCACCUACGACAAUGCCACGCAGCUCGCCAUUCGGGCCAGACAGGACGCAGGCUGUACGAGCACCACUACUGUAUCCGCGAGCGUUGCCACAAUCUUCACUGGAAGCUACAACGCGACUGUGGCCAAGCGUACGGCGACUCCGCUGGACCAGAGAUCUCCACCCCUCCUGCCAGCACUGUUUGGCCCCAUGGUCCACCGCCUGGGCCAGAGCGCCCUUGCCAACCAAAGAGCCUUUGAAGUGGACUGCUUAGAGCAGAUUACCUCAUACGUCCUUGUCACCACGACCAUGGCGGAACAAGCAGUCACCGAGACUGUUACUGCCGCGACGCCCACCGUUUACGUUACACGGCACACAGGCAAGGGACUGUUGGCCACGGGUAGUGUCUCAAUCACCACGACCUUGACCGCGCCAUUGGCCACCGACGCUGCAGCCACAGGUGGACUGUGUACCGUUACAGAGGGCGCUUCGUCCACCACGACACAGCAUGCCAAGUGUGCACCAACCAAUCUCAUCUCGCAAAUUGGCGGCAAGGGAAUCGGCCAGACGCAAGGAAAUGACUCCAACACACGAGGGUUGGCACCUGGCAGUGACCCCAGCGCAUGCUGUCAGCUAUGUGUUGAUACCGAUGGCUGUGCUGCCAGUGAAGACGACCAGAAGGCUGGCAACUGUUUCUUGUGGUACACUGAACCCACCUGUGGUUUGGGUUUCAAGUAUUCGGACAACAACCAGAAUCUUGCAGCAGGUGCUGGAUUCAUUGUGCAAACCGGAUGUGGAUCCAUCGAAGCGGUUGCUGCCUAGAAACGGAAAGAGACAUGGCAUGAUGGAGGUUCAGCAUCCAGAUGAUGGAAAGGGGUCAGCGGAGGGAUAGCACUCGACUGUACAGUACAGCAUGCGUCAGACUAGCAUCUGAACAAGCGGAUGCGAAACAGGGAAAUGGG